UUUACCUAAUCAUGCUUCUCCUGAUCCUCUUUGUCAUUCCGUGGCCAAAAGUUUUGUUUGCUUCGUGGUGGAAGGGCAGUCCAGAUCAGAGUCCCAUACUCCCUCAAACCCCUCAAGCUGUGCUUUCCCUACCCAUCUGAUUCAGAAAAUUUUCUUGAGCCUGUUGAGCAGCACCGAGCCAGAGGUGGUGGCCCUGCAGUUUUAGCUUCUACAACCUCCUAUGCAUAUUGCUCUUCCCAGUUGCCUUCAGCUUCCUUCAACUAUCAACCCCAAGUGAAGCUGCAGACUGUAGUGACACAUACACACGAUCUUUCAGGAUUGAAGGAUGCUUCUAAAAAUCUCAAGAUAUCAAGUGCUCAUCUAUAGUAAUGCUGGACUUGCUAGCAUGGGGCAGCUAUGAUGCUGAUGAUGAAUCAGCUUGGCUUACAGCCCUUUUUCAUUAGGGAAAGAGAAUUCUCUUAACAGGCCAGGAGAAAAACAAGAGCAAGAGAGCUGGAAUCAGUCGGGCAGCUGCAGGAAAAAGAAAAGAGAGAGGAGAAAAAAAACCAAAGAUUUAAAGUGCCAAGUCAGGUUCUUAAUGAGUGGAUUGCCUUCCUCUGGGGGAGUGGUGAGAGCUCUGAGCACACGACUUUGCUCCCUGCAUCCCCCCCCCUCCUUCACAAAGCCCAGCUUGAGGAGCAGCAGAGCACUGUGUAAGUGACACCCGUCUAAUUAAUUAAUGACUCCUCGGCGUCAGCUCUGUGGCUGCUGGGUUCGAAAGGAAGGCAAUAAAGAAUGGCCAGGACAGCACGCGACCGCUUCUGGUAAAUGCUGAAUGCUGCUGAGAGCCGGCUGUGUUAUUCAUAACCUCCCCUGCUUUGGGCUACAGCACAGAAGUCAGAGAUAUACUGGGAAGAGAAGAUGGCGUGGGAUCCACCCUUGCAGCAUCCUUUCUUCUGGUUGAGGUGUUCCUCCCUCUUCUUGUCCUGCUCAAGAGCUGCCACGGCACAGCUAAUUGAGGCCACCACUGAACCCCCAAAAAAGAAACCGGACCCUGUCACUUCGGAGACGGUGGUGAUCUGGGGGCUGCGGCUCUGGCAGGUGAUUGGUAUCUUUGCCAUCUUUGUCCUGGCAGUCAUUAUCACGCUGUGCUGUAUCUUCAAGUGCCGGAUUCCCCGGACAAGGAAAGAAAUUGAGGCACGAUAUGCUCAACGGCAAGCAGCCAAGACAUAUGCUGACAAACUGGACACUGUGCCACCACUCAACGAGCUGACAGAGAUCCCUGGAGCUCAGGUUGCAGAAGAAAAAAAAGAAGAAGUUCCCACUGUAUCUGGAAAAGUGGACAAAGCUCAGGGUAAAAAAGAUGGAUCCAAAGGCUCCAAGAAGAAAGAUGGUGAAAAGGACCAGAAAGAAGGAUCCAAGAAAGAAGGAAAGGAUGGAGCCAAAAAGAAAGAAGGAGAAAAGGGAGAAAAGGGAGAAAAGGGAGAAAAGGACACCACUGACAAGAAACAAGGUGGUGGGAAGAAAGGUGAAAAAGGUGAAGCAGUAAAAUCAGGAGGAGACACCAAAACUAAUGGCAAGGGCGGUGGGAAUGCUAAAGCCCCAGCAAAGAAGAAGUGACCCUGAUAAAAGACAGUGCUGGUAGUCUUUCAGGGAGGGCACUGUCAAAUUGCUGUGGGUAGGGCACUGGAAGCAGACAGGGACAUGCUGUCUCCAUAUACUUGGGCUGUUGAGUGCCUCUGGGUGUAUGGAUUUAUUACAU